UUUUUUUUCCCUUGUGGAAAGAGACUUUCCCAAGCACUACCCUACUUCAACUCUGUUGCUGGCUACAAGCAUUCCCUUAGCAGGAAUGUCCUCUUUGCAACCCUGUGGCUUUGUUUUUCAGGGUGCUCUCAAGGGACCCCCAGCUACAGCAGCUCCCACCACCUUUUCAGAGGUGCAGUUGCUCCCUGUCAGAGCAGCCCCAUGUCCAGACUGGGUGUAUCGAGGGAAUCCAGUCCCUGCACCAACACCAGCCGAAACCCUCUUGGGGCAGCUUCCACACCACAGCCUCCAGGUCCCUCUUCCAGACUUGCUUUUCUCUCUGGUGGGGACAGACCUCUGAACAGUGAGCCCCCUCCACGGUGGGCAAGGCGAAGAAGGUGCUCAGUGGCCAGGACCAUUGCCGCCGAGUUGGCAGAAAACAGGAGGUUGGCACAAGAGCUCUCCAAGAGAGAGGAAGAGAGGUUGGACAGGCUAAUCGCUAUUGGUGAGGAGGCCAGUGCCCAGCAAGACACUGCUAACGAGCUGCGCAGGGAUGCUGCCGUCGCCGUCAGACGCCUAGCGACAGCAGUAGAAGAAGCAACUGCUGCUUUCCAGCUAGGGCUUGAGAAGUUGCUUCAGAGAUUGAUUUCAAAUACCCAAAGCUAGGAACUGGUCGAACGGCUAUGUUUCUCAUACUGGCACAAGUCUUUUUCUAACAAGUACCUUCUGGAACCCUGGCUCUUUUC